AUGGCUCGAACGACUCGACGAUCACGUUUUGGUCUUCCGGACGUGUUUUUACAAGAGCCAAAACAACGUGAGGAUGAACUAACAGCUGAAACGGUGAAAAAUGGCUUUACAUUUAAACCUGUUGAUGGACUUUUGGAACAUGAAGGCUUUAAAGGCCAAGAAUUUUUUAAGAACGCCGAUGAAGGCAUUCUGGAGUUUUUUCGAAUUAUUUUACUUAAAAAAGAAGAAAAUCAUACCAUGAAUGAUAGCACCAAGCGGAAACCGCCGACAAUAAAUAAAGCACACUUUUGGCCAUUAAUGGGUCCACGAACAGCGAAACCUUUUGAACAGUGGUUAUCAUUAUUAGCAUCGACAGAAUCACUUGGAAAAUUAGCUAAACAAGUACCAAUUAUUCUAAAAAAAGAAGAUGUUUUUCAACAUUUAUAUGAGCAUAAUGUUUCACUUGUACGUGCUUGUUGGUAUAUUAAGAUGUUGGCAUUGUAUCAUAGUGCAAAUAAUGAUUCAAAACAGAAGAAACGACAUGUAGCAACUGACCCAUGCACUGAAUGGACGAGAAUUACUAUUGAAAUUUUAAAAGAGGUUUUUGAUCGUUUAAUAAAAGAAAGUCUUCAAAGCCAACGUGCAACUCCUAUUUCUGAUAUCUCAACAAAUCAUACACCUGAUCUACCCAAUGAUCAACAUGGAAUUCCGUUAACUCCUGGUUCGAUGAAUUCUCAAUAUACUCCGUUGACGCCACAACUGCAUCUUGCACUAACCUCAACAAAUCUUCCAGCUGAUAAGACACGCCGACAAUGGGAUUAUUAUAAUCGUUUAUUACGAAUUCUAUUCGAUCAAGGUUUACUCGAUCGUCAAACUAUUGUCGAAUGGAUUGUUGAUGCAUUUAUAGAUCGCAUAAAAAAUAAUGAUGAUAUUAAUCUUCGUUAUUUAAUACCAAUUAUAUUUCAAUUUAGCAGUGAGAUAUUAGAAUAUGAAAUAUUUUCGCGUAAGAUCGCCUUUUAUUGCUGCAAACGUCUUGGCCAAUAUCAUACAGAUAUUAAUCAACCCGUUAAUUUCAAUAAUCUACUUGCCUGUCCACAACAUCGUAUUAUUAUUUAUUCGUUAUCAGCAAUAAUUCAAUGUAUAACAUUACGUUGCCCAGCGGCAUUACUUUAUAAUAAUCCGAUAGAUGAUCCACAAAAAUCCGAUACAUUAUUAUUAAAUUAUGGUUCACCAUUAGACUUUCUACCAUGUUCACCAUCUCAACUUCCAGUACCCGUUGGCAUCGAUCAGCAAUUAGUAAAACAAAUGCUAGUACAAGCUGAAAAUGAAAUACGUUCGCGUAGUCAUGCUAUUGAACAUAAAUGGUCAACGGAAAAAUUACAACAAAGUAUAUCAGGUCAAACAAUCUCACGUAUACUUGCUGUACUUGAAAUUCUUGAUGAAUUCAAAGAAGAAAAAUAUCUAUUAGAUAAUGUUUAUAAUAAAAUUUAUUCAAAUACAUUUAAACUUGAACCAAUAACAACAGAUAUUGAAAUUGAAGUCAUACAUCUGAUGUGCGAUUGGGCUAUAACAACACGUCGACAUGGAGUUUAUCGUUCGUUUUUCAUAGCACGUCUACUUGAACGACGACAAAAUGAAUUGAAAACAAUACGUUUACAAGAAAUAAACGAAACGAUCGAUGAUAAAGAUUCGAAUUCAUCAGCAAAUACUCAAAUGAGCCCAUUUCAAACAGCAUUAAUGGAAUAUCUAUUAAAAAAAGCUCCAUACAUUGAUGAAACCUCAAUCAAUGAUGCUGAUUUAGCGCAAUCAUUUUCAUCAUUAGUUAUGCUUUUUUCUGAAUUUGUACGCUUAAAUCUAUUUUCUCCAAUGCAAUUUAUGUGUCAUCUUGUUGCCAAUGGUCUCGUACCGAUACCUACUGAUAAUCACGAGAAUAAUAAUACACACAUGAUAACAAAUCAUAGUAGCCAGUAUAAACAACAUGUAUAUAAUCCAAUGAUUAGACAUGAUACAUCAUCAAAUAUGGAUUCAAGUUUUGAUCGACGUCAAGGAAACACAUUGAUUGAUCUUGAUCCGCUGGAAGCAAUGAAUUCAUCUCCAUCAACCACACCAAAAAAUCAUUUAAGACAAACAUCAAAAAUUGAAUUACACAGAAAUCCGCAUCAAUCAAACGAAGAGUUUCUGAAUCAACAAAGAAGUAGAAAACGUUGCUUAUUCUAUAUGGAACACUUUGCAUAUCCACUUGAAGAAGAUUUCCGAGAUGAUUUCAAUCAAAGAAAAAUUAUUCUAUUUGGCAUCACACCGAAACGCGAAGAAGCAAAACGUCAAUUAAAAACAAAUGUACGGUUAUUAAGUUCACUAUUUAAAUUACGUAAUUGUCUUGAGACAACAACUGAAAGUCCUCCAUUUACUCGUCCAAUUCCGUAUGCAAGUUAUUUUCAUAUUCGCAAAUCAAUUUUAUCCCUAUCGUAUCAUGAUCAAUAUUAUGUAACGAAUCGUGUUAGUAAAUUGUUAAUUGAACGUUUAACAAAUUUUAUUGAGCGUCGUACAAGUCGUUUACCGUGGCUUGACGAUGUUGCUUUUCUAUUUGAAUUAAUGGAAAAAUCUUUAAAUUUAUUUGGUUUAAUUCAAACAUGUGUUGAUAUCCUACGUAUAUUUAGUCGUAUCGAAUCUAUGGGCUCAUUAAAAGCAAGUCCAGGGAUGUAUAGUUAUCGUUUUGAACUCUAUCUUGAAGUCACAUCGAUAUUUCGUUUUUAUACACCUGUUUUAAUAUUAACACCGAGUAAUAUGAUACAAGUAUUUGAAUGUUUAAUACAAAUAACUCAACAUAUUCAAGAUCCUGUGCGAACAACAUCAGUCGAACGUGCAUUACUUAUGCUUAUGCAUGAUUCAUAUUUUUCAUGUCCUUAUAUAAAGAGUAAAUAUAUGGAUCGUAUAACACAGACUAUUACUUUAAUAAAGAAGGAAUUAUAUACUCAAAGUUCACAAAAUAAUAAACAAGAUGCAGCAAGUACCAAUUGUCAAUGGGAUCCACAAGCAUUUUUUAGUAUAAUUGACGAGCCAAGAAAAGCAUUAACUGAAUUUCAAGUUGAUCGUGAAAAAAUCUAUCAUACAAAACAACUCGAUGAAAGUCCACAAGCACGAGCCAGUUUCGUUAUUAAUACACUAUUUGCGGUUUCAAAAGCAAAAUCAUUAACUUAUAUUCAUGAUAUUGCACAUUUGGCAACUGAAUUAACAUGUCAAGUCGCAUCACUCGGUCAAAUUUGGUUACUAGCGAUAAAAACGUUAAGUUCUUCCGCUCCAACCAAUCGUUCAACAAAUACUCCCAAUCAUACAAAUGUUUUCGAUGAAUUGCGUCGUAUUGAUCCACAUAAUUUAUGUGUUCAUGAUAAUUUAUCAGUUUUUAUAUCUAUUUUAAUUGCUCGUCAUGCUUUAUCAAUAAAUGAUUAUAUUAUCGUUAGUGUUCAAUCCAUCAUUGCAUCAACACCAAAAGAACGUCUUGAUCCAUCAACCUCGCGUUCAAAUCCUUCAUUAUCACGGCUACGUGGUUCCAGCGGUGAAGAAGCUAAUGAGCCAGGCACAAGAUUUACAUGCGAUGUUAUUGAACAUCUUUUUUGUGCUAAUCAUGUUCCAUGGUCGAUGAUCAUUGCAUCACGUGAACGUCGUCUUUUAGCAUCGAAUUAUCGUCUCGUUGCUUUCGGCGCAUUUCUAUGCGUAUUAAAAUCUUUACUAAUUAUAAGUCAAUCGUGUUUUAAAGAUUGCAAAGUCUAUUAUGAUUUAUGUCGUGAAAUAACACAACGACAUAAGGAUAAUGACCGUCAUGAAAAUGCUUUACGCGCGGAUGGUAAUAGUCAAGCAGAAAAAGAAUUUCGUCCAAGUCGUGAACCGGUACCGGAAGAAUUAGUUGAUUUAUCAAUGCGCGUUUUGAAAAUAUGUUGUGAUCAAGAUUGGAUACAAGAACGUUGCUUAAAAGAAUCAGAUACAUUAUGCAAUCAGACAAAUUUAUGUGAUAAAUUAUUGGACGAUGGACAAGCACAACAAUUACUUCGUUUUAUUUGUUAUAAAUCUAAAUCUGAAUUAACUAAAGUAUCGUUUGAUAAAGGACCCAAACCAAUAAUAUCAUCACUAUUACAAAAUUUAAAUCAAUGGACGUUACGUGCAACGAUAUUAGAAUUAAAGUUAAUGAUUAAAAUUCUUGAAUAUAAUGCUCCAUCGACAAGACAACAAGAUGCCAAUUUCAAUGUAUCGUUAGCAUUGAAAACACAUGAACACAAUACACAUCAUUUAUUACAAUCAAUCGCAAGCGCAACAAUUGAAUUAUUUCAACAUCAAACCGAAGGUCGAUAUGGAAGUUCAUCAUCAUUGAAUCAAAUGAAUGAACAUUAUGAUAGGAAAGGAAUUUGGUUAAUUGCACCAUUAAUAUCACGUUUACCAGAUAAUGUACAAAGUAGAAUUUUACACAUAGCUGGAAGUGUACUGGAAAAUGGAAAUUCAAUGUUAAAUUCUUCGAAAACUAAAAAUGAUAAAGAAAAUCAAGUUUUACGAAGCAUAUCAUUAUUAAGUCAUCAACCAUUUUUAUCACUUGUUCUUUCAUGUUUAAAAGAUCAAGAUGAUCAACGCACGGGUCUAUUAGAUUCAUUACGCGGACAACUCGAACAAUUAUAUAAACAAGAAUGUGAACAUUGUUCACCACCUGGAAAAAGCCUUUCAAAUAUAUCGUUAACAGUCAAGCCAACAGGUAGUAACAGUGGUACUGCUAGUGGAGGAUCAUAUCCCGAUUGUCGUUGCAAUUGUCACAAAACAGAUUGGCAAAUCUAUUCGAAUAAUCUGGCACCUAUUGUUCAAGAUGAUCCAAACAUGAAAAUAAUUAUAUUUGAAUCACUUCAACUUCGACUUAGUCUUAUCGGUGGAAUGUUUGAUACAAUUGUUCGUAAUAAUAAUUCUGCAACAGAAUGGAUAUCUGUUUUUUCUCAAUUGAUUGCAUCAGGUGUGAUCGAUACGAAAAAUAAUGCACCCCUAUUGAAUACAGUACUCGAUAUGCUUGGCGUUCUUGUGCAUGGUAUUGUUCCAGCUGAAGGACCUAUUGAAGCAAGUAGAAUUUAUAUGGGAUUAGUGCGAAAAAUUCGUAAAGAUAUCGGCGAAAGACGUUCGGAAGCAUUAGACGAAGUGAAACGAUUUUUACCAUUACAAAAAUUAUCAUUUGAUAUUUAUGUUGUUGAACCAUUUGAUGGUGUCAAUACGCGAAUGUUAAAUCCUGAAAUGAAAAAGCAUGGAUUACAAGUUGCAAGAAAAGAAAAAAUUAAUAGUUGGGAAAUGAUUGAAGGCUCAAAAUCAGCCACAUCAAUUUGUUAUUCUUGGUUUUGUGCAAAAAAAACAGAACGUAAACGUUUACGAUACGAAGAACAAUAUCGUUUAUUACUUCGUCAUAAACAUAAUCUAUUUGAUAAAAGUCUUACUUACUUUCGGGAUCCACCUAUUAUUGAAGCUGAACCUCCAGAACAUCCUGAAUUGGAAAUUGUUGGUGAAAAUCGUCCACCAAUGCACCAAAAUCCAAUAUCAACAGGUCCAGGUUCAUAUGUUCCUAUGUCACCUAUGCUUAGUUCAAUGCAUUCACAUCAAACAAGUAUACCAAUGCAACCACCAAUGGUUGAUAUCACUGGUAAACAAACAUCUAAUCACAUCACAGGACCACCUACUCGGGGACCAACCUCUGGUAGAGUGCGUGCAUCUGGAACUGCUGCUGGUUCAACGACGAAACGUCAGCCACGCAUGCCUCGUAGUGGAUCAACACGAGCUGCUGCCAUUCAAGCAUCAACACCAACAGCACAACCUAUGUAUCAACCACAAACAUCAUCAGCACAGCAUUCCAUAUAUCCACAAACAUCUUAUAAUCAAUGGAUACCAACAUCAAAUGCGCCUGUUCCUCAGCCACCACCACAACAACAAAUGAUGCCAACUUAUCAAAAUCCACAAGUUUUAAAACAACCAUUUAUGCCAACUGUUCGACCUUCUGGUGUUGUUCCAGGUCGUCCAAAUGGACCAUACCCAACUCAAACAAUGCCACAACCGCAAACAUCUCAACAACAACAACCACAAGGACAGCCAUCACAAAUGCCUGUUAGCUAUAUCAACGAGCAAGGAUCGAUGAUGGUUUCAUCGGCAGGUGCUAAUUCAAUGCCUCCAAAUGUUAAUCGACAACAACAGCAGCAGCAGCAACAACAACAACAAGUUGCAGCAGCUUCUGUUAAAAGAAAAUUAAACGAUACAACUAUGUAUAUAAAUGAACCAAAUCAAUAUGUAACAUCAACCAAAAUGCCACCUCAACAAAAUGUAGGUUCAAUGUCACAAUAUCAACCAGCUCCAAUGAUAAUGCAACAAGGUACUUAUGUACAGCAAGCACCACUACAGCAAGCACAAGCACAGCAGACUCCUCAUCCACAAAUGUAUCCACAAGGGCAAAUACCUAGUGGUCCUUAUAUGAAUAGUCAAAUGCUCGGAAAUCCAGCAAAUAUGAUGCAACAGCAGGCACCUGUUUAUUCAAAUAUGAUGGGUGGUCAACAGCAAAAUGUUUACAAUGCAACAGCUGUCAAUCCAAGUAUUAAUCGAACGCCAAGUCAAGCAUCAAUGUCAAUAUCAAAUCAGCAAUGGCCAAAUAAUCAAACAAUGAAUGUUGUUCGCCAACCACAAAAUGCAUAUAAUUCAAUGAUGGCACCUGACCCACAGCAACAACAUUACGUUCAACAGCAACCACAUUAUCAAUAA